AAAAAAAGUACCUGUCUCUUCAGAGCAUAAACAACGAGAUAGGAUUGGAGGAAUUGAUUGCCCUGGCUUUUGGUGGCCAAUCCCUCAACGUUGAUGACUAGCCUCUCUACAGGUACAGUGCAUUCUAUUAUUCCUUGCAUGCUGCAGCCAAAAAAAAGUCGCUAUGCAACGAAUGAGGUGAAACGAAAAGAAAGAAACCACAGGUCUAGCCUCAAACUGACGGUCCCAGGCCAAUCGAGCAACGAUACGGCAUUAGUGUGUUGCAUCUUGUUGCUGUAUUUGCUCCAUUGCUCUGCAGAUUUUUUGACAGUUUUUGGACUCGCCUCGAGACAAUCACGGAACCAAUGUUUUUUAUCACCCGACUUGCGGGCCUUUUCUCGGUCUCGUCUCCGGGAACUGGUUGUGGAAGACUCCAUGUCCAUGGAGGCUUGCCGAGCUAGAGACGCUACGAGUUUUUUGCCAGACCAGCAUCGAGAAGCAAAAGCUUGCUUGUCGAGUAGGUAUUGUUGAGAGGGAACGGAGUCCGGCGUUAAAAUAGACGAGCUAGAUAUGCAUUGUAACAUUCAAGUUGGCAGAGGCUUAACCGACAUGACGUCUGUUUAUAUCUUGAACUGCAGCUUGAGUUAUGGGAUUGAAC